CACACGUCUCAACGUCAUUCUCAUGACUGGUGUCUCUCACGCAUUGCUCAACUGACUCCAUAGACCUACCCGUGCACCUUCAGCGCUACUCUAGCAUCCCCUAGCGCAAAGCCUAGACAGCAUGUCAGACCGAAGCAACAUCUCCGCGAGUGCGCGCAACCCGCUCUACGGCGGGCCGUCGAACAAAUCCUUCACGCCCAACCGCACGCCCUCCUGGGCCUACAAGAACGGCGGAGACGCGGGCGAUGGCAGCGACCAAGGCUCCCCAACCGCAUCCCCCCUGCGCAGCCACCGCAGCCACGGCGCGCCGUCCCCGUACUACGCUCCGCAAUACGAGAACCCAGGCUACACGGUCGAGACUCCCGGGCUCUACGACCCGUACAUGAACUCCAGCGCCUCGUUCCACGGCAGCCACCUGUAUCGCCCAACGGAAACCUACUUCGUCCAGACUCCCGCGCACUCGAUGCGUAGCGCGCGCGUGAACGAGUCGCCGGAAUCCUCGGCGCCGUCGUCGCCGCAGCACGCGGACGGGUACGCGGAGAUGGGCGGCGGGAAGGGGUUUGGGAAGGACGGCGAGGAGGCGGUGUUCGACGACUCGGAUCACGAGGAGGAGUUUUACCCCGACAUCCAGAGGGAGAAGUUCCGCAAACGGCGCUUCCGGCAAUUGUUUUGCGUGUCGUCGCUGCUGGUCGUGGCGGCGCUCGUCGUCGCGGGAUGCAUCAUCGCGUGGGUGGUGUACCAGCCCACGCCACCGACAUACACCAUGGACUACGCGCUGGUGAACCAGUUCCAGACGUUCCCCGACAUGCUCGAUGGCAACGGCCUCCCCACAGACCAGCUCUACGCCAAUCUCACGCUCAUCCUCUCUAUUCGCAAUCCCAAUACUCGCUACGUGUCAUGGUUCGACGGGGGCGACGUGCGUAUCGGCUACAGCUCCAUCAACACCAUAAUGAGGGGAAAGUUCCCCAAGUUCAAGCAGAACCGGCUGGAGUGGAACAGCUUCAACGGGUCCGCGUCCACCAUGGCCUUCCCCCUGUACGGCGGGGGCAUGGCGCUGCGCUCCGACAUGGCGGAGCAGUACGUUCCGCUCGUGCUGAACGCCACGCUGCGCGCACACGUGGACGUGGUCUGGAAGGUCGUUUCGCCGCAGUACACCCAUAUGAUGGAGUGCAUUGUGAAUAUUAACCCCCUGGCGAUGCAGUACAUCAACGACACGUGCACAGUAACCCAGAUCUGAGACGUGCCUUGAUGGGCCAACUGUCCUCACUUCCCAGCUAGCCAGGAAAAAAGCGCCAUUCCUCUGAUCUCCAGAGAACUGUCUGUCCACCCUUCCACUGAUCCCCAUUUCCAUUGAUCCUUAGCUUUUUUGUUAGACGGAUUACAUGUUAUCUAGAGCUUGUGAGGCUACUUUGGCCUUGUUUAUUAUUAUCAUUAUUAAUACUUUGGACUA